AUGGGGGGAAGGCUUGGUGUCACAAUUGCUGCCUUUGCCACAGCAAUUCUCCACACAACAUUUGCGCAAAGUCCAACAUCUUCACAGACAAAUACUACCACAAGUUAUCGUUCCGUUUAUACACUUCCCGCUUCGGUUGAUGUGAGCGCACCUGUCAUCCCAAAUAUCCAAGAUCCGCAAGCAGUCAAUCCGCAAGAUGUUUGUCCGGGCUAUACAGCAUCAAAUAUCAAACGAACUAAUUACGGAUUGACUGCAUUCUUGUCAUUAGCUGGUGAUGCCUGCAAUGUUUAUGGAACGGAUGUAGAUUUUCUCAAUCUGACAGUAGAAUAUCAAUCGAAAGAUCGUCUUCAUGUUGAGAUUGUUCCUACUUAUGUUGGACCUUCGAACAGCUCUUGGUUCAUUCUCCCAGAGUCCCUUGUAGAGAAACCCUCCAUCGAUGCCGAUGCGAACUCUACCACUCUGAAUAGUGACCUCAGCUUUUCGUGGAGCAAUGAUCCAACCUUUUCGUUUUCAGUCUUUCGUCGAUCCACUGGCGACGUUCUCUUCUCUACCGACGGCACUAGCUUGAUUUACGAAAACCAAUUCAUCGAAUUUGCUAGUUCCCUGCCAGAAAACUACAAUCUUUAUGGCUUAGGAGAAUCCAUCCAUGGAUUUCGUAUGGGCAAUAACUUUACUCGUACUUUCUGGGCCGCUGAUGUUGGUGAUAAUAUCGACGCAAACAUUUACGGCAACCAUGGAAUUUAUCUUGACACAAGAUACUACGAGGUUGAUGCAAGUACAGGAAACAUGACAUAUGUCGCAAAUGCAACGAAUAUCACCGCAGACUACGUUUCUUACACUCAUGGUGUCUAUCAACGAAAUGCCCAUGGCCAGGAAGUCUUGAUGAAACCAUCAAAUAUAACGUGGAGGACCCUCGGUGGUAGCAUUGAUCUGUAUUUCUAUGCUGGACCAACACAAGAAAAGGUCACCAAAGCAUAUCAAAUCAGUGCAGUUGGACUCCCAGCGAUGCAACAAUAUUUUACUUUCGGAUAUCACCAAUGUCGAUGGGGUUACGCAAAUUGGACUCAACUCGGCAAAGUAGUAGACAAUUUCGCAAAUUUUGGCCUCCCAUUAGAGACGAUCUGGUUGGAUAUUGAUUACAUGAAUCAAUACCGUGACUUUGAAGUUGACCAAGUCAGAUUUGGAUAUCCUGAAGGUGCUGAAUUCAUUUCAAAACUUCACGGCAAUGGACAACAUAUUGUUCCAAUUGUUGACUCUGCAAUCUAUAUCCCUAAUCCAGAAAAUGAAACUGAUGCAUACCCUCCUUUCAACCGUGGCAAUGAAACUGACAGUUUUAUGUUGAACCCCGAUGGCAGUUUAUACAUAGGAAGCGUAUGGCCUGGGUACACGGUCUUUCCUGACUGGAUUGGUUCCGUGUUAAAUGGCACUGGAGCACACCAAUGGUGGUCAGACGAGCUGACCGCAUGGCAUUCAGACUUUUCAUUCGAUGGCAUUUGGAUUGACAUGAGUGAAGUCUCUUCUUUUUGUGUUGGAUCAUGCGGUAGCGGUAAUCUUACUCUCAAUCCCGUCCAUCCACCGUUCCUUCUACCCGGCGAACCGGGGAACAUCGACUUUACCUAUCCAGAAGGAUUUAAUCUUACCAAUGCCACUGAAGCCGCAGCUGCAUCUUCUGCUUCUGCCAGUCAGUCUUCCGCUUACGCUACAUCAACUGUGUCAUCGUCGUCCUCAUCCACGAGUUACAUCCGCACAACACCCACACCAGGAGUCCGCGAUAUAAUUUACCCUCCGUACACCAUCAACAAUUUCCUAGGUUCAUUGGAUGUUCAUGCCGUGUCACCAAAUGCAACACAUCACGGUGGGACUCAAGAAUACGACUAUCAUAAUUUGUUUGGACACCAGAUUUUGAAUGCAACUUAUCAUGCUCUCCUUAAUGUCUCUCCAUCCAAGCGUCCAUUUAUCAUUGGUCGUUCUACAUUUGCAGGAUCUGGGAAAUGGGCCGGACAUUGGGGCGGCGACAAUUACUCCCUGUGGGCCUACAUGUUCUUCUCCAUCCCCCAAGCUCUGUCAUUCUCUUUGUUUGGAAUUCCUAUGUUUGGCGCAGAUACAUGUGGCUUCUCUGGAAAUUCUGAUGAGGAACUCUGCAAUCGCUGGAUGCAAGUCUCUGCCUUUUUUCCUUUUUACCGAAAUCAUAAUACUUUGGCCGCCCCUCCCAAGAACCUUAUAUAUACUCUCCUACCAUAUAUCUACACUACAUUCUACCUGGCUCAUUCCACUGGCUCAGCCGUGAUGCGCGCUCUUGCCUGGGAAUUUCCUAAUGACCCCACUCUAGCGUCUGCGGAUCGACAGUUCUUACUCGGCCCAAAUAUCAUGGUGACACCCGUGUUAGAGCAAGGCGCUACUACCGUCGACGGUGUAUUCCCAGGAUCAGGAAAAGGGCAGGUCUGGUAUGAUUGGUAUAAUCAAUCUGCUAUCACCUCAUCUCCCGGUCAAAACAUCACAAUUGAUGCACCACUUGGUCAUAUUCCUGUUUACAUUCGAGGUGGCGCCAUUCUUCCAAUUCAAGAGCCUGCAUUGACGACUCGUGAAUGUAGAAAUAAUCCAUGGGGCUUGUUGAUUGCAUCCAGCCUAGAAGGAACUGCUAGUGGUGAACUUUACCUAGACGAUGGAGAAUCUCUGGCUCCAAAUGCUACUCUUUGGGUGGAUUUCUCAAUGACGCAGAAUUCACUCUAUGCAUCAGGUCGAGGUAGUUACGUUGAUAGUAAUCCACUUGCAAAUAUCACCAUCAUGGGUAUCUCGUCAAGUGUUAAUACCGUUACAUUGAAUGGUGCUAGUCUCGCCAGUGGAUGGACAUAUAAUUUUACCAGCCAAGUACUCGACAUCAAAGAAUUGUCUAACGUCACCAGUGAUGGAGCAUGGAGCAGUGAUUGGGUGUUGAAGUGGGCCUGA